UGUUGUGUCAUAUUUGACAUUUACAUUAACAUGAAAAAAUAUAAAAAUGAUGCACAAAUAAUCAAGUAAGCCCAAGUUGCUUAAGUCCAAUAAAUGUUUAUCUUACAUUUACUUCAUAAAAAUCAUUAAAGAUUUAUGAGUAAAAAAAGACUUUACUUGGAAAAACGUAUAAACUAUCAGUCCAGAGGACAGAAGGCAUGAAGUAGAUUCUGUACAACAGAUUUUUCAGCAAAGUUUUGGUCAUAUUUAUAAAUUAUAGGCCCUAGAAAUUUGCAUAUUAAAUAUGAUACAGUAGGCUAAUAUAUUCGUAAAUAGGCAUUAUAUUUAUUUUUCAACAGAAUUUUACAAAGAAUGUUUGCUAAGUUAUGAGAGAAUAAAUGUUUUUAAAAAUUUGGCUAUAAUGUUGUAAUACGCAUUGCCAAACAAGCAUUCUUUUUUUCAAUGAAUUUAUACCCCCAAACUUGCAAAGUAUCCUGGGGGAUACAAACAUUUACAGACAGAUUAUGAAAAUGGUAAAAAUUAUAUUCAUAAAUUUUCAACAUUAACCAUAAUAAGCUAACACUCAACAACUUUUUAAUGCAAGUCCCCUCCAGAUAUUGUAAAUAUGUGAAAUAUAUCAACUUUUAUCUGAAGGUGAGUAGAUUUCCCACUACAGGUAGUCAUGAUGUUUUAAAUGCUGACCAUGACAUAAAAAAAAAUGUAUGAACAAAGUCAUCAGAUCUAAAUAUUCACAACAAACACCCUUUCAAAAUGAAACCAAGAAAUGAGACCUAAACUUUCCCUGACUCUUCCCACAUCCUUGCAAAUGUUUGUAUCCCCCACCAAUUAAAGGGUUAAAAAAGGGUUCAAACAUUCACUGAUGAUCCAGAAGGAAAGACAAUUAAGAUAAAGAGGGGUUAAAACUUUUUGAAUUGUAUGAUCAGGAUCAGGAUGUAUUAAAAAUAUGACCUUUAAACAAAAUAAGAAAAACAUACACAUCAUCAUCCUGUUCAAAUGUUUACAUCCUUCCUUUCAUUCUUUCCAUCUUAAGAUCAGUGAAUGUUUGAACCUUUUAUCAUUGCUGUAAUUGGUUCAAAUAUGCAGAAGAUACUGGAAACCAAAGAAAUGGCAGGACCUGGAGGAUUUUUCUGAAAAACGUUAAGAAUCAAGGAUACACCAACCCAUUCAUUUAUGAAACUGAUCCGGAGAGACUUUAUUUUAACUGCAGGAUGACUGAGAGUGAUGAUGAGCAGCAAAUAUUAAGGAUUCUUUCAUGGAAUGUUAACGGUUUCAACCGCAAAAGGAAUGAGGUUCUUCGUCAGUUAAGUCUUCUAGAGGCUGAUGUUGUCUUUCUCCAAGAAACUCAUGUGGGACCAGAUAGAAUCUACUCGACUGGGAGUAUCAAAGUCCAAGAUUUGGGAUGUGAUUACAACAUGGCGGCAUUCACUGUAUUUAAAGGAAGUUCACGAGGAGUGGCCAUACUGUUCAAAAAGAGCCUCGAAUGUGGUGGUUUCAGUGUUGAUGGCGAUGGAAAGGGGAGAUUCAUAAUAAUUUCAUGUCAAAUUUGGGGGCGCGACUUUGUAUUUAUCAAUGUGUAUAACUCAAAUGAUGAAAAAAUUAGGUUUACGGAGUUUACACAAAUUUCGACCCACAUCCCGCCAUCGGCGUUUCUGGUGAUCGGUGGGGAUUUUAACACAGUCAUGGACGCCGACCUUGACAAAACGUCAAAUUUACGAAAUCGAAGUCACCGAAAGUCUUUCGACGCUCUCCACAAUUUUUUGGAAACCUUAAGUUUAGUGGAUGUCUGGCGGUGUCUUUACCCGGAGGUAAAAAGCUUUACGUAUUUUGAUGUGAAAGGUCAGUCGAGACUAGACUACUUCUUUUUGCAAAGUCACAACUUAACAAGCGUAACUGCUUGUAACAUUCACAACAGACCAAUGUACUCGGAUAAAGAAGAGUACAUUUCUGAUCACGCCCCAUUGUCCAUUCAAAUCCAGACACAUGGACCAAAAUGGCAGUUUGAUUCUGGUCUUCUUGAAGAUAAAGCAUGUAUGGAACAACUUUCAAGCACAAUAAAGAAAAUUUCACAAAUAAAUUCCAGAAAGAAAGAAUACCUGUGGCCAGGAGUGAAGGUCAGGCUUAUAUGUGAGGCAAUAGUUUUGCAAAGACGCCUAAAACUGUCAAGAUGCUCAGAGAUGAUUGAACUUCCUCAAGAGGUCGAACUCAUGGACCAAGGAGGGUGUCCAGGUUCAGAAUCAUCCAUUGAGGUUCAUCAAACACCAAAUACUUCAUCCCAGAGUCUUCUGAACUUCUUGAAUCAUUUAUACCAAAUUGAGAGAUUUGAUGACAUAAAAUCCAUCCUGAUUACCGUUCUAACUGAACCAGUUUCGAGAAAAGAGAUUCUGUUUGCUAUACUGUCCCUGCCUCAGUCUGAAAGUCUAACAGCAGAUGGACUCACGGUACUUUUCUAUAAGCAUUAUGCGUGUAAAAUUAUUGACCUCUUACAAGCAUUUUUCAAUCAAAUCUUCGACCUCAAACCAAUGAAACGCACAGUUUUUGAAUCACUCAACCGAGACAAAUACGAUCACACCUACAGCUUUGAUAUUCAAUAUCACUGCAGUCCGAUGACAACAGUUAAUGUGGAUUAUAAAAUUCUGGCUUUGGUUCUGGCAGCGAGGCUGAAUGGUGUUAUUAAACAUUAUUUAAACCCAGGUCAAAGCAAACAACACAGUUCUGUUCAACAUUGCAUCAGUGAUCAAUUCCCAGUGAUUAUUUCAUUAAAACUAGAUCCAGGUACACUGAAGUGGCCGUAUCUGUUCAAUAGCUUAAAGUCCGUGAAUCUACCUGAGAGAUUUAGAUCCGUGUUGAAGCUGUUGUUGAUGACAGAUCACAGAUCUCACAAGGUCUGAGGGUGGGAUGUCCACUGACUCCUUUACUAAUAAGCAUCUGCCUUCUUCCUCUGAUCAACUCCAUUAACGGUGAGAACAGGUUUUUGGGACCUGAAGUCCAAGGAGAAACACUGAAGUCAAUCAUUAACGAAGACACAGCCCUUGUGUUUCUUUCUAAUUCUAAUGAAAGCUUUGGAUAGUUUUGAAAAGAUGCUCAAUGAUUUUAUUGAGGCAUCAGGAUUUAUCAUAGAUGAACAAUGCUCUGAGGUAUUCAUAGCAGGUCCUUCACGCCUCAGUUUAAGCAAAGACAAACUUAAGUUUUUUAAGAGAAUGGAUGAUAGAAUUCUGUAGUGUUGUACAAGAGGAAAUGGUUGUCGAAUCAUCAGAAUAAUUGAGUAAAAGGUUGUUCAAAAUGAUUCAAUACGGGUUACGCGCAACAAACUUCCAUUUUCUGUAAAACAGUUUGCAUCAUAUGAAGACUGAUGUCUAAAAAUGUAUUUUUCUUCUCACUAAUAUUAGCAUUUUUAAAUUGAGUAUAACAGCAACAAUAAAAAGAACUAUCUUAGCUCAUUACCUUCAAAAAGUCCAUAGAUAACACUUGAAGAGUUCAUUUGCAAAAACAGAUAACUCCGUUUGUAUUAAUUCUCACAAAACAUGUUUUUUUUUUAUUGUGCAUUCCAAGUAAUAUCAAUCAAACUGCAGUUGGGUUGUUUUGAUUAAGUAAUAAUAACUCCAAAACAACCCAACUGCAGUUUGAGUGUUAUUGCAGAUAACUCCACAUUUCAGUUAACAAAGCCAAGUAGCUAAUUGCUUUGAAAUUGCACUUAAAACACACUCAAACGCGAGCGAACACACACACACACAAAAGGACAACCAACGGUUCAACAUAUAAGACGUGUAUGGUGUACAUGGAUUUGCAGGUGUCGAAAUGAUAAAUCCUAGUUUUGGCGAAACUUCCCUCAGCUAGUGUGUCUUUUUUGAAGUGACUAAAAGCCUUGUCACUGACCUGAAUGCUGCGCGCUGAUUCGCUAAAACGGACUGAUCGGUUUCUGUACACAAACGAGGGCGCUUGUCGAUUUUUUUGCUGUAAAACGUGAACUCGCGAUGCCUUGACAGUGGACAAUAUCGGCUUUUCUGACAAAACAGAUUUAGGGUUCAGUACGUGCUUUAUGUGGAGAAUAACGCAUAGCAGUUAUUUUAUUUUUUUUUUUUAAAGUGCAAGAUGUAAGAAUUUUGCAGUAAAAUAUCCUAAAAACCACUAGGCCAGUGUUAUAUAUUUUGUUCACUUGAGUACAAUAUCCCAAAUGUU